AGAGAGAGAGAGAGAGAGAGAGAGAGAGAGUGUAAAAAAAGAGAAAGAAAGAGACUGAGAGGCGCUCGUUAGCUUUGAACGGAGGAAGUUUGCGGCGCUGUGUGACAGAGAGAGAUCCUGGAUAAAGCACUAACCGGCGACUGUCUUUCUCUUCAUCCACCUGGGACAGAAAAAAGCGUCUUAACAAGCAGCAACCAUGUCGGCUGCAGAUAAGUACCUGUACGUGGACCGCUCGGUGGUCAACAACCCGCUGGCGCAGGCCGACUGGGCCUCCAAGAAGCUGGUGUGGGUUCCGUCGGAGCGCCUGGGCUUCGAGGCCGGCUCGCUCAGGGAGGAGCAUGGAGAUGAGGUGGUGGUGGAGCUCGCCGACUCGGGCAAGAAGAUCCGCAUCAACAAGGACGACAUCCAGAAGAUGAACCCGCCCAAGUUCAACAAGGUGGAGGACAUGGCCGAGCUGACCUGCCUGAAUGAGGCGUCCGUGCUGCACAACCUGAAGGAGAGAUACUACUCCGGCCUCAUCUACACGUACUCAGGGCUGUUCUGCGUGGUGAUCAACCCCUACAAGAACCUGCCCAUUUACUCAGAGGAGAUCGUAGAUAUGUACAAGGGCAAGAAGAGGCAUGAGAUGCCACCGCACAUCUACGCCAUCACAGACACGGCCUACAGGAGCAUGAUGCAGGACCGUGAGGAUCAGUCCAUCCUGUGCACGGGUGAGUCCGGCGCUGGGAAAACAGAGAACACCAAAAAGGUCAUUCAGUAUCUGGCCCAUGUGGCUUCUUCUCACAAGACCAAGAAAGACCAGAGCAGCUCGGUCCUGUCACAUGGUGAGCUGGAGAAGCAGCUCCUGCAGGCUAACCCCAUCCUUGAGGCCUUCGGAAAUGCCAAAACGGUCAAGAACGACAACUCCUCGCGAUUCGGAAAAUUCAUCCGGAUCAACUUUGACGUUAACGGUUACAUCGUCGGCGCCAACAUCGAGACCUACCUGCUGGAGAAAUCCCGCGCCAUCCGCCAGGCCAGAGAGGAGAGAACCUUCCACGUCUUCUACUACAUGCUGACCGGAGCUGGAGACAAACUGCGCAAUGAACUGUGUCUGGAGGGCUACAGCAAGUAUCGCUUCCUCUCUAAUGGAAACGUGACCAUCCCUGGACAGCAGGACAAAGACAUGUUCGUUGAAACCUUGGAGGCCAUGCGCAUCAUGGGCAUCCCUGAGGACGAGCAGAUCGGUCUGCUGCGUGUCGUCUCCUCUGUCCUGCAGCUGGGGAACAUCAGCUUUAAGAAGGAGCGUCACUCGGACCAAGCCUCCAUGCCUGAUGACACAGCGGCUCAGAAGGUGUCCCACCUGAUGGGCAUGAACGUGACGGACUUCACCCGCGCCAUCCUGAGCCCCCGCAUCAAGGUGGGCCGGGACUACGUGCAGAAGGCGCAGACGCAGGAGCAGGCGGAGUUCGCCGUUGAGGCUCUGGCCAAAGCCACGUACGAGAGGAUGUUCCGCUGGCUGGUCAUGCGCAUCAACAAAGCUCUGGACAAGACCAAGCGCCAGGGAGCGUCCUUCAUCGGCAUCCUGGACAUCGCCGGUUUUGAGAUCUUCGAGCUGAACUCCUUCGAGCAGCUGUGCAUCAACUACACCAACGAGAAACUGCAGCAGCUCUUCAACCACACCAUGUUCAUCCUGGAGCAGGAGGAGUACCAGCGCGAGGGCAUCGAGUGGAGCUUCAUCGACUUCGGCCUCGACCUGCAGCCCUGCAUCGACCUCAUCGAGAAACCUGCGAGUCCUCCGGGGAUCCUGGCCCUGCUGGAUGAGGAGUGCUGGUUCCCCAAAGCCACAGACAAGAGCUUUGUGGAGAAGGUUCUGCAGGAGCAGGGCACACACCCCAAAUUCUUCAAACCCAAGAAACUGAAGGACGAAGCUGAUUUCUGCAUCAUCCACUACGCUGGAAAGGUGGACUACAAAGCUGACGAGUGGCUGAUGAAGAACAUGGACCCUCUGAACGAUAACGUGGCCUCGCUGCUCAACCAGUCCACUGAUAAGUUUGUGUCCGAGCUGUGGAAGGACGUGGACCGGAUCGUGGGCCUGGAUAAGGUGGCGGGAAUGUCGGAGAUGCCUGGAGCAUUUAAGACCCGUAAGGGAAUGUUCAGGACGGUGGGUCAGCUCUAUAAGGAGCAGCUGUCCAAGCUGAUGGCCACGCUGAGGAACACUAACCCCAACUUCGUCCGGUGCAUCAUCCCAAACCACGAGAAGAAGGCGGGUAAACUGGACCCUCACCUGGUUCUGGACCAGCUCAGGUGUAACGGUGUGUUGGAGGGGAUCCGUAUCUGCAGACAGGGCUUCCCUAACCGCAUCGUCUUCCAGGAGUUCAGACAGAGGUACGAGAUCCUCACCCCCAACGCCAUCCCCAAGGGCUUCAUGGACGGCAAACAGGCCUGUGUGCUGAUGAUCAAAGCUCUGGAGCUGGACCCGAACCUGUACCGAAUCGGACAGAGCAAGGUGUUCUUCCGUGCCGGAGUCCUGGCUCACCUGGAGGAGGAGCGUGAUAUGAAGAUCACUGACGUCAUCAUCAGCUUCCAGGCCUGGUGCCGUGGCUACGUCGCCCGAAAGGCGUUUGCUAAGAGGCAGCAGCAGCUGACAGCCAUGAGAGUGAUCCAGAGGAACUGUGCUGCUUACCUGAAGCUCAGGAACUGGCAGUGGUGGAGACUCUUCACUAAGGUGAAGCCUCUGCUCCAGGUGAGCCGCCAGGAGGAGGAGAUGCAGGCCAAAGACGAGGAGCUGAACAAAGUCCGCGAGAAACAGGUGCAGGCUGAGAAAAUGCUGGAGGAGAUGGAGGUCAAACACCAGCAGCUGAACGCGGAGAAGAUGGCUCUACAGGAGCAGCUGCAGGCUGAGAUGGACCUCUGCGCCGAAGCGGAUGAGAUGAGGAACCGGCUGGUGGCCAAGAAGCAGGAGCUGGAGGAGAUCCUGCAUGACCUGGAGGCUCGAGUUGAGGAGGAGGAGGAGAGAGCCAGUCACCUUCAGGCAGAGAAGAAGAAGAUGCAGCAGAACAUCACGGAUCUGGAGCAGCAGCUGGACGAGGAGGAGGCGGCUCGGCAGAAGCUGCAGUUGGAGCGCGUCACCAUGGAGGCCAAGCUGAAGAAGAUCGAGGAGGACGUCAUGGUGCUGGACGACCAGAACAACAAGCUAAACAAGGAGAAGAAGCUGUUGGAGGAGAGGAUCAGCGAGUUCACCACCAACCUGGCCGAGGAGGAGGAGAAGUCCAAGAGCCUGCAGAAGCUGAAGAACAAACACGAGGCCAUGAUCACAGACCUGGAGGAUCGUCUACGCCGGGAGGAGAAAAUGAGGCAGGAGCUGGAGAAGAACCGCAGGAAGUUGGAGGGCGACUCCACCGAGCUUCACGAUCAGAUCGCUGAACUCCAGGCCCAGAUCGCCGAGCUCCGAGCUCAGCUCGCCAAGAAGGAGGAGGAGCUUCAGGACGCUCUGGCCAGGAUCGAGGAAGAGGCGGCGCAGAAGAACCUGGCCCAGAAGAAGAUCCGUGAGCUGGAGGCACAGCUGAGCGAGCUGCAGGAAGACCUGGAGCUGGAACGAGCUGCCCGCACCAAGGCCGAGAAACACCGCCGUGACCUGGGAGAGGAGCUGGAGGCCCUGAAGACAGAGCUGGAGGACACACUGGACACCACUGCUGCUCAGGAGGCACUCAGGACGAAGCGUGAGACAGAGGUGGCACAGCUGAAGAAGAAUCUGGAGGAGGAAGCUAAGAACCACGAGCAGAUUGUGGUAGAAUUGAGACAGAAACAUGGCCAGGCUUUCGAUGAGCUCAAUGAGCAGCUGGAGCAGGCCAAGAGGAACAAGGCAUCAGUGGACAAGGUGAAGCAGACCCUGGAGUCGGAGCGUAACGAGCUGCAGAUCGAGCUGCAGGGGCUGAUGCAGGGUAAGACCGAGUCGGAGCACCGCAGGAAGAAGGCUGAGGCUCAGGUGCAGGAGCUGCAGAUCAAACAUGCUGAGAGCGAGAAGCAGAAAGCAGAGCUGAUGGAGAAAGUCUCCAAGCUGCAGGCGGAGCUCGAUAACGUCAGCAGCGUGUUGAGUGAAGUGGAGGGAAAAUCUAUCAAAGCAGUCAAAGACUGCUCAGCUGUGGAGUCCCAACUGCAGGAUGUCCAGGAGCUGCUCCAGGAGGAGACUCGUCAGAAACUGUCUGCCAGCACACGGAUGAGGCAGCUGGAGGAGGAACAUAACAACCUGAGGGAACAGCUGGAGGAAGAGGAGGAGGCCAAGAGGAACAUGGAGAAACAGUUGAUCACAACUCAGGCCCAGCUGGCUGAUAUGAGGAAGAAGAUGGAGCAGGAGGUGUGUUCUCUGGAGAGUGCAGAGGAGGUGAAGAAGCGCCUGCAGCGCGACCUGGAGGCCGUCACUCAGCGCAUGGAUGAGAGGAACCUGGCCUACGACAAAUUGGACAAGACCAAGACCCGUCUGCAGCAGGAGCUGGAUGACCUGGUGGUGGACCAGGACCAUCUGAGGCAGAUCGUCUCCAACCUGGAGAAGAAGCAGAAGAAGUUUGACCAGAUGUUGGCGGAGGAGAAGGCUAUCUCUGCUCGCUAUGCUGAGGAGCGUGACCGGGCUGAAGCCGAGGCUCGGGAGAAGGAGACGCGCGCCCUGGCUCUGACCCGUGAGCUCGAGACCCUGUCAGACCUGAAGACUGAACUGGAGCGAGCCAACAAGGCUCUCAGGACCGAGAUGGAGGACCUCGUCUCCUCCAAGGACGACGUCGGCAAGAGCGUGCACGAGCUGGAGAAGUCGAAGCGUGGCAUGGAGCAGCAGCUGGAGGAGAUGCGCACACAGCUGGAGGAGCUGGAGGACGAGCUGCAGGCCACCGAGGACGCCAAGCUGAGACUGGAGGUCAACAUGCAGGCCAUGAAGGCUCAGUACGAGAGAGACCUGGCUGGCCGAGACGAGAUGGGAGAGGAGAAGAAGAGGCAGCUCGUCAAACAGGUGAGAGAGAUGGAGAUGGAGCUGGAAGACGAGAGGAAGCAGCGCUCGGUUGCCGUGGCUGCGCGUAAGAAGAUGGAGCUGGACCUGAAGGAGCUGGAGGCCGCCAUCGACCAGGCCAACAAGAACCGAGACGAGGCCCUCAAACAGCUCAAGAAGCUUCAGGCUCAGAUGAAGGAUGUGCUGCGGGAGCUGGAUGAGAUGCGUCUCUCCAGAGAGGAGAUUCUGGCGCAGAGCAAAGAGAACGAGAAGAAGGUCAAGAGCAUGGAGGCAGACAUGAUCCAAAUGCAGGAGGAGCUGGCUGCAGCAGAGCGGGCAAAGAGACAGGCUCAGCAGGAGAGAGACGAGCUGCAGGAUGAGAUCAACAACCAGAACAGCAAGAACGCUCUGACGGUGGAGGAGAAGAGACGUCUGGAGGCUCGCAUCGCUCAGCUGGAGGAGGAGCUGGAGGAGGAACAGAACAGCAUCGAGCUGGUCAACGAUCGCCUCAAGAGAGCCAUGCUGCAGUCGGACCAGAUGAACGUGGAACUGACGGCCGAGCGCAGCACUGCCCAGCGCCUGGAGGGGGCUCGCUCACAGAUGGAGCGCCAGAACAAGGAGAUGAAGCUGAAGCUGACGGAGCUGGAAGGAGCAGUGAAGAGCAAAUACAAGUCCUCCAUCACCGCCCUGGAGGCCAAAAUCGCACAGCUCGAAGAACAGCUGGACAUUGAGACCAGAGAGAGGCAGGCAGCCACCAAACUGGUGCGUCGUUCAGAGAAGAAGCUGAAGGAAGUCAUCCUGCAAGUGGAUGAUGAGAGACGUAACGCUGACCAGUACAAAGACCAGAUGGAGAAGCUGAACAGCCGUAUGAAGCAGCUGAAGAGGCAGCUGGAGGAGGCCGAGGAGGAGGCACAGAGAGCCAACGCCAACCGCAGGAAGCUGCAGAGAGAGCUGGAGGACGCCACCGAGUCGGCUGACGCCAUGAACCGCGAGGUCUCCUCACUGAAGAGCAAGCUGAGACGUGGGGAUAUUCCCGCUUUCACCAUGCGCCGUAUCGUCAGCCGCGCAGGCGUCGAAAGCGACGAAGAGCCUGAAGCCAAGACCGAGACUCCUGAACCCAAACCGGAGUGAACAAACACACACACCACACACACUCACACACACGUAAUAGACCACUGUCUACUGAAAUUUGAUUUAAUUUUAGUGCCAUACACACACACACACACACAAUAUCUCUCUGACAAUCAAUACUCCAGUCCACAGUCACUCACCCGAGGACCAAAUGAUCUCUUUUUGUUGUUGUUGUUUUUUGUUGGCGUGUAUUCACCGGGAUUCUGAAGACGGGGACGAUAUUUUUGUAAGGAUCUGUUCCUCCUCUUCUCCUUCUCCUCCUCCCCCCUAGGCUUGCGUCUCCAUCUAUUUUUCUAACCGAAAUCACGGGAGUGAAGUUUUUUUGGUUUUUUGUUUUUUUUUUUCCGCACAAGCAAAGUGACAAAUAAAAAAAACAAUGUAGGAAGGGGACCAAAAUAAAUAAAUAAAAAUAAAUAAAUAAAACGAAAGAGAGGAAGAAAAAAAAA